AUGGAAGAAAACAAUCGGUUCAUCAACGAUCCGAUUCCCGACCAAGUAGAUUUGUUCAUCAACGAUCCAACCAACGAUGCAUAUUUUAAUUCUCUUCCAUGUGGCUAUCGAUUUGCCCCAACUGAUGCCGAGUUGGUUUCAAGCUACUUAGAGGGAAAGGUCUUGAACAAGGAAAUCCCCAAAAACAGGUUUCUUGACCUUGACAUCUGCUUGUAUCAUCCUAGAGACCUCACUGGGCGCAUCACUUUAAUUAGAGAAAGUGAGUGGUAUUUUUUCACUUCUAGGAAACGAAAGUACCCGAAAGGACAACGGCCAGAUCGAUCAGCAGUCGAUGGAUUUUGGAAGGCAACCGGAAAAGCUCAGGACAUUGAAGAUAGUAAUGGUAAAGUAAUUGGGUCCAAAAGGACUCUAGAUUUUUAUCAAGGGAACCAUCAAGAUGGCAAGAGGACAGAAUGGAAAAUGCAUGAAUACACGCUCGAUGCUCCUCCUAAUGAAAUAAGUAAUACUCGUGUUACGCAGCUGGAUAAUUGUGUUUUGUGCAAGAUUUACAAGAAUAACAAAGGCGGGAACAAUGACUCGAGCACUACACAAUCUGAUCAAAGAGCAGAGCCAUCUACAAAUGUUGUAGCAUCUCAAGCUUUUCCAGACCAACAAAUCCAGCCCGUUCAUCAGCAUGAUCAAUAUCUUGUUGGUCAAUCUAGCGGUGCUUCUUCUUCCUCCACUGCAAACAAACGACCUCGUGACAAGCCAACCCCAACAAUAUUGAACACCUACGUUGGAAACCCUACAUAUUAUCCUCACCAGCAGUACCCUUUCCAAAAUCAAACGUCCGGCAAUCCUCCGGGACCAGUCCACAACAACUAUCAAAACCUCACCCAAUACAAUCAAAACGAUCAAAACCUCACCCAAUACGAUCAAAACGAUCAAAACCUCACCCAAUACGAUCAAAACGAUCAAAACGAUCAAAACCUCACCCAAUACGACAUGCAGUCUGCCAAUAUUGAGAACCAUGUUCAGCCAAGGGAGUCGUUUUCUUCUCAACCUGGAUUUUUGCCACCCGUGGAGACUUCCACGUAUGCGGAUCAAAUGCCACUGGUUGAUUCAAGUUCUAUGCAGUUACCUGUGCAUGUCAGGCUAUAUGAGCAACUACUUGCGGCUAGAAACAAGGAUGGUGAUUUCGACAAAAGACUAGAGCAUUGGUAUCAUCAUCAACAGCAGUUGUUUAGGCAAAACCCUAGCAGUACACCAAAUUGUAAAUUAGUCUAG